AUGACGAAUAAAGACGCGUCGGAAGAAGUCGUGAUCGCUCGCUCGAGCUUCGACGACUUCUCGCAGCCGACUUCAUGGCGCUCGUACGAGAUAGUUUGCGGUGAAAGAGUCUUGUGAGUUCUCAUUUUUUCUGAAAACUAUCGAGAAAUUCUCCUAAAUCCUUCUGAGAACUGAUGGUGAAUAUUGCAGCUACGUGAAUCCAGGAUGGAUGGCCGAGCUGUCGCCGUAUUUUGCUGAGCAGAUCUUCGUUCGGAAAACAGCGGCGAAGCGCUUCGUUCUCGAGCAGGCUACUCCAACCGAAGUUCUCGAGUUUCUCAGGUGCAUCACUUUCUGUCCGAUGCGGAAACCACUUACAGGUGAGCUGAAAACUGAUUAAAGUUAAUUGUUCAAAACUUUUUAAACAAAUCAUAAGCCUCAUUCUCAAUAAUGGAGGUCUUGAGUUAUAGUCUGUUUAUUUCUCCGCUCGUCCGUCAUCGCUUUCUCAUUUCUAACAAAAUAUUUUUGACGGAGAAACUAACACGCGAGCGUUCAAACGAGCGGCGAAGUCGAGAUACGAGCGUUAGGGCUCAGUUCCACUAAGUCUUGUUUGUUAAUAUGCUUUAAAAAACUAUUUCAGUAAAAAACGUUUCGCUGGUGCUCACAUUCGCCAACAGGUUCGAGAUGCGUCCGGUUCAGGCUCGCUGCGAACAUUUCAUCGCUUCCAACGCCACUUCGCUCAGCCGUGACAAGACGAAGCUGUUCCAGGUAUUUACAACGUUAAAAUUAGUUACAACUGCUUACUAAAAAUAUAGAGUUCCUAACAAUAAACAAUAAGUGCUGAUCACACAACCCAUCUCCUUUAUCAUUUUAAGCAGAGUGUACUACUCUUCAGCUCGAACUUUAAUUGCAGGUAACGUGCGCCAUGUCGCAGUGCGAUCCGAACAGUUCGACGAUGUCGGUUCUUGUCGACAAAUUGGCAGGGAUAAAAGUAACGCCUUUCAAAUUCUCCUUCACAUAACUCAAUCGUUUUUUUCUAGGAUGAAGACCUUUCCCGUCUGCAGUUUGCCGAGAUGCCGGGCGAUGUAGUCGCCGAGGUCUACGCUCAGAAGAUACAGAGAACGAAAGAAAAGAAGUCGCAACGCCAUCGUGGAGCGGGCGACGAAGACCAGGCCGUCGGAUGUUGCGUCACGUGAGAACGACUUCCGUCACCAAAAUCUAUGAUGUUUCUAUUUCAGUCAAUGGGUGACUUCUCUCUUCCAUCGCCGCCAUCAAAAUGAGCCGGAUCAGUCCAUUCUUCCGUCCUCGCAACAACGCGCUAACAGCAUCUCGCCAUAA